ACACAAUUACUUGUUUUUCAACGUACACCACCAUGGAUUAUACCACGAGCUGAUCGAAUUGUUACUAAAUUUGAAAAACGACUUUUUAAACGAUUUCCAAUUAUUCAAAAAUUUAUUCGUGCUUUAGUUUAUUGGGUACGUGAAUCAACUGUACUCUCAUUUACUUAUCGUUUACCUGUUCGAUUUAUUAAUGAAGAACUUGUUAAAUUUAAUCUUCGACAUCAAGUUAAAGAUAAAGAGUUAAGAAAAAAACUAACACCAUCAUAUGAUUUAGGUUGUAAACGUGUUCUAUUGUCCAAUGAUUGGUAUUCGUCAAUACAACAACCGAAUGUUAAAGUAGUUACAAAUCGUAUUCAAGAAAUAAAAUCAAAUUCAAUAGUUACUCGUGAUGGCGAUGAAUAUCCAGUGGAUAUUAUUAUUUGGUCAACUGGAUUUCAAGUUCAACACUUUCCAUUACCUAUUUAUGGAAUUAAUGGUCGAGCAUUACAUGAACAAUGGUCGGAAACUAUGCAAGCAUAUCGUGGUGUAACUGUACCAAACUUUCCAAAUCUAUUCUUUCUUCUGGGUCCAAAUACUGGUCUUGGUCAUAAUUCAGUUAUAGUAAUGAUUGAAGCACAAAUACAUUAUAUUGCUGAAGCUCUUUUAUACGUGGACGAGAAGAAUGUUCGAAUGCUCGAUGUUAAACAAAAUGCACAUGAUGAAUUUAAUCAUAAAUUGCAAUCAAAAUUGAAGAAAACAGUAUGGCAAAGUGGUGGUUGUCAUUCAUGGUAUCAAGAUGCAAAAGGAAAUAAUACAACAAUUUGGCCUGAUUUUACAUGGAUUUAUAUAUUACUCAUGAAAAGUUUUGAUUCUAAGAACUAUAUUUUUAGCUGA